GGUUUUCCUUUUAAACGUUAUAAACAACACACGGCGCGGAGCUCCCAAAAACCGUUUGGAUUUUAAUUUUAACUUAUUUUUAUGUAUUUCGUUAUGAAUUUUAAUUGUUCAGGUUUGUUUAGGUUCGUUUAAAUACUCCGAGCCACAAAGUGAAAUAAAACUUCCGUGUCAAAGCAAGUGAUCAUGUGCACAUUCCCGAAGAAUGAAACCGCCCAUUUGCGCAUAAAGCUGCAACGUGAAUCGGCCCUAGCCUUUAGCCGAAACCGUGAACAGGAUGCAAUAUUUUUCUCCACUGAAGCGCUUUGCGCUGGAAUCCACAGGAAGUUUGAUGACGAGUGCAGGAAACUGACUCCAAGCAACGAUACGCUAUUAUCUUUGGUAAACGACCUCAAAGUUCCGCUUGAAAAAGAUCCACCUGCUCCGGAUCCGGUGGCAGGAUUUUCUGACCUCCAUCGCCGGUGCCAACAAUUACCAGAAGAGUGGACCGUGUUUCAAAUCAGCAAAUGUUACACCCCUCGCUGGAAUUCACUCACCCAUCAGGAAAUGCUAAAGGAAAAUACUUGUGUGGAGUUUAUCCUACUAAAGUAUCCCAAUUCGGAACUACUAGACGGCAAACCUUUGAUGGUUCGUGUGGAUCCGCCACAGGAAUCGGAUUUCUUUUCGGUACUGUCCUCCAUCCCGGUGGAGGUGAAAUCCUUCCUGGAGGAAGAGGUCAACUCCGGUUCACGACGGCAGGACGAAAUAGAAUCGCACAUCGCCGGAAUUAUCGAUCGAUUAACCGCGUGGUUGGGACCAUGGAUUGUCCUCUUUAGCGGUAAAUUUACCUCUCCCCGAGAUCAACAGUUGGAAGCGGAGAUUUUCAACCGAGUGGAGGAUUUCUGCAUCACGAAUAAACGCACCAAGCGGGAUCAACUGUUGAUAUCGCUUGUGGCGCGACGAUUAGAUCUGAUCGAUUUGAAAGCGGUCUAUCGAUUCUGUUGCGAGCUGGCCGCGGAUGAGCACCAACUCAAGGGUCUGUUUGAUCUGCUGGCUGGGUUGAAAGAAACUAAAUUUGAUGUAGUGUUCAGUGCAAAUUGUUUUCCUUGCUUGGUUGUGGUUGACGAGUUAGUCGAUAGCUACCCAUGGGAAAUGAUGAACACAAGCCAGGAAUUCUGCCGGGUUAGUUCCGUACGGUUGCUGACGCAGUUGUUUGAAGCUCAUAAGGAUAGAAUAAAAAACGGAUAUCUACGAGUACCAGCGCUGAAAUGCCACAGCAUCAUCAAUCCAGACAAUAAUUUGGCCAAAAUGAGUGUACGGCUACAAGCUUUCUACAAGGAAUGGUACCAGGACUUUAACUUGACUAUCGAUUCUCCACCGACGGAUAACGAAUUUGGAAGCAUAUUGCGCGAGGCUGACGUUAUGAUCUAUAACGGUCACGGCACCGGACUCCAGUUUAUCGAUGGAGAAACCAUUCUUCAACAGGACAUCAAAAGUUUGAUAUUUUUGUUUGGCUGCGACUCGGUUCGGUUGUUUGCCGGGGGUCUUUUCCGGGACAUGGCUGGCAGUCACCUAUACUACAACAUCGCGAAAUGUCCCACGGUGGUGGGUGCCCUUUGGGCACUGACGGACUAUUUCACCGAUUACUACUCGAUCCUGUUGGUCGGCCAGUGGAUCCCAACGCGGAAUCUCAAGUUUCGCGAACACUCCGUUUUCGAUUUGGAUUCGUCUGCGUUCAAGUACGGAACAUUGCAAUUGAACAAAAAAUCACAAUCCAAACUGGGCGAUGAAAAUUUGCUGGCGCUGAUGGCACAGUUUCGGCGGCGUAAUUGGCUCCCUAAGCGGAUACGCUGCGCAAUGGUCUGCCGUGGAUUACCGGCUGUUAAUUCCGCGUUCUAGUACAACACUUCGCAUUAUUAUCUGUUGGUUGAAAUAACAAUCUUGCUAUUCGAAUCUAAAAGCAUAUUUACGUGUAAAUUAGUGAAAGAAAUCCUUUUCGUCCUGAAAGUUCUAUUUCUGGAAUCGUCCCGUCUGUGGAAAGAACCAAGAUUUGCAUUUUUUGCGCCACAUUCAGCACAGCUUCGAGAGCAAAGACGUGUGCACGGUAUAC